UUCACCUCUCGUAUACAUCAAAUAUAUUUUUGAUUUUUCAUCAUGUCUAAGCGCGGACGCGGAGGAGCAGCUGGAAACAAAUUCCGUAUGACCCUUGGUCUCCCGGUUGGCGCCGUUAUUAACUGCGCCGAUAACUCGGGUGCCAAGAACCUGAACAUCAUUGCCGUUGCCGGUAUCAAGGGACGUCUCUCUCGUCUUCCCGCCGCCGGUGUUGGAGAUCUCCUUGUUGCCACUGUCCGCAAGGGUAAGCCCGAGCUCCGUAAGAAGGUCACCCCCGCCGUUGUCAUCCGUCAGCGCAAGUCGUGGCGCCGCAAGGACGGUGUCUUCAUUUACUUCGAGGACAACGCCGGUGUUAUCGUCAACGUCAAGGGUGAGAUGAAGGGCUCUGCCAUUACCGGCCCCGUCGGUAAGGAGUGCGCCGAUCUCUGGCCCCGUAUUGCCUCGAACUCGGGCACUGUCGCCUAAACAGCGAUAUUGGUUUUCUAGUUUGAUCAAUAUAAUCCAGAUGAUUUGAAAUGGAUCUCUGAUCCGUCGUUCACAAAAAAAUUGAAUAUAUGCUUUUUUAUC